CCUCAUCGAACAAGCUGACCGCAAACGAGAUCAAUGGAGAUCCCGUGUAGCUCACGCAAGCGCCGAGUAUUUGUACUAGCGGGGGGAGGGAGAGAGGAGCUCAAUACGGUCCGCUAGAUCUGGGAGCAAUGGCGCCGCCGCCCACCUCGGAGGAGAAGACCUCUCCAACCAAAGGCCCCAUCACGCACGUUAUCUUCGACAUGGAUGGCCUACUUCUCGAUACGGAGCCGUUCUACACGGUGGUGCAGGAGCGGAUCCUGGCGAGGUUCGGGAAGACGUUCGACUGGUCGCUGAAGGCGAAGAUGAUGGGGAAGAAGGCCAUCGAGUCGGCCCAUAUCUUCGUGGAGUCGUCCGGCCUCACCGGUCUCCUCACCCCCGAGGGCUUCCUUGAAGAGAGGGAGGGCAUGCUGGAGGAGCUCUUCCCCACUUGUCACCCAAUGCCCGGAGUAAAACGUUUGGUCAGUCAUCUUCAUGCAAAUGGGAUACCAAUGUGUGUGGCGACUGGGUCCUAUAAACGGCACUUUGAACUGAAAACGCAAAAUCAUGGUGAAAUUUUUGCUAUGAUGAAUCAUGUUGUCAUGGGUGAUGAUCCAGCCGUAAAGAAAGGCAAACCAUCUCCGGAUAUAUUUCUUGCUGCUGCAAACAGAUUUGAGGAUAAUGUGGACCCAAGAAAAAUUUUGGUUUUUGAAGAUGCACCAUCAGGAGUAGCUGCAGCUAAGAAUGCAGGGAUGUCCGUGGUUAUGGUCCCAGAUCCAAGGCUGGACGUUUCCUAUCACAAAGAAGCGGACCAGGUUCUCAGCUCCCUAUUGGACUUCAAGCCGAGCGAAUGGGGCCUACCACCUUUUGAAGAUGUGGUGAAUUGAAGCACGCAGACAGAUUUAAUGAGUUCUAGAUUUAUUUAAGGCCAUGAUUUAAGUUAAUUGAUAACAUGUUCAGUCAUUCUUAUUUUGCAAGAAUUGUUGAGUUUAUUCGAUCUUUGUUAGGCCAAAAUGCACCUAUGACAAUAUCGCCCCCUUCAAUUUAAUCUAAAGCCUUUCAUCAACGAUGUCUCUAAGAUGAAGCUGGCUUUCCAUCUUAUUGUAAACCUUAUAAAUCUUGAGUCAGACUUUUUCAUGA